UGACAUCACCAAAAACUAGGUGGGGGAACAACCAGGUCUGGUGCUUUGUCUGUUUCAUGCUGGCUGCUGGAGAUGAGCCUAGGCUUGACUUGACCAUGAGCCCAAGGACUGGCACUUCUUUUUUACCCCCAGUUUGUAGAUAUCCAGAUCUUCUCCUCCUGAUUGUCAAGAAAAUUAAAUUAUUGCUGAAUUUGGGAAUCUAAGCAGCACCAGCUUACUUUUCCCCCGCAUCUCUCUGGAAUCGUUUCUGGGAUAUUUUCCAAAUCAUCACAGAAAGCAGGAGGAAUGAACCGGCAGCUAGUGAAAAUUCUGACAACCUUGUUUGCAUUUUUCUUAGAGACAAACAACUUCAGGACAACUUUCUGUAAAGAACAUGAUUCAAGAUCUGGAAAAUCCCCCUCACAGACCCUGUCUCCUUCAGAUUUUUUGGACAAAUUGAUGGGAAGGACAUCGGGGUAUGAUGCUAGAAUCAGACCAAAUUUUAAAGGUCCUCCAGUAAACGUUACUUGCAAUAUUUUUAUCAACAGUUUUGGAUCAGUCACAGAAACCACAAUGGACUACAGAGUGAAUAUAUUUUUGAGACAACAGUGGAAUGACUCACGCCUGGCUUACAGCGAAUAUCCUGAUGAUUCCCUGGAUUUGGAUCCCUCUAUGUUGGACUCUAUUUGGAAGCCAGACUUAUUCUUUGCUAAUGAGAAGGGAGCAAACUUCCAUGAUGUCACAACAGACAACAAGUUGCUGAGGAUUUCUAAGACUGGAAAAGUGCUGUACAGCAUCAGGCUUACUUUAACCUUAUCCUGUCCCAUGGACUUGAAGAAUUUUCCUAUGGAUGUACAAACAUGUACAAUGCAGCUAGAGAGCUUUGGCUACACUAUGAAUGAUCUGAUAUUUGAGUGGCUAAGCGAUGGACCUGUGCAAGUUGCAGAAGGUUUAACCUUGCCACAGUUUAUUUUGAAAGAAGAUAAAGAACUUGGUUAUUGCACAAAACAUUACAACACUGGAAAGUUUACAUGCAUUGAAGUCAAGUUUCAUUUGGAGCGUCAGAUGGGAUACUAUUUAAUCCAGAUGUACAUUCCUAGCCUGCUGAUUGUCAUUUUGUCCUGGGUUUCUUUCUGGAUCAACAUGGAUGCUGCUCCAGCUAGAGUCGCACUGGGUAUCACUACAGUUUUGACAAUGACCACGCAAAGCUCAGGAUCAAGAGCUUCCCUCCCAAAAGUCUCCUAUGUAAAAGCUAUCGAUAUCUGGAUGGCCGUGUGCCUUCUCUUUGUCUUUGCUGCAUUACUGGAAUAUGCAGCAGUCAACUUUGUUUCACGGCAGCACAAAGAGUUUCUGAGGCUUCGAAGAAGGCAAAGAAGACAAAACAAGGAAGAUGAAGUCACUCGUGACAGUCGAUUUAAUUUCAGUGGCUAUGGGAUGGGUCACUGCCUCCAAGUCAAAGAUGGCACAGCAGUCAAGGCCACCUCACCCAACCCACCUCCAGCACCACCAAAGGAUUCAGAUUCCAUCAAAAAGAAGUUUGUUGACCGUGCAAAAAGGAUUGAUACAAUAUCCCGUGCUGCAUUCCCACUCGCUUUCCUCAUUUUCAACAUCUUUUACUGGAUUACAUACAAAAUUAUACGGCAUGAGGACAUUCACAAGAAAUAGGCAACUCUGGUUCACCAGGACUUCUUAGCCAAAGUGAUCCAUGUGUAAAUAAACAGUGAAAAGUCUUUCUGUCAUUUGGACUAAGGGUUUCUUUUCCCCCAGGACACUGACGAAAAAAACGAACAAAAAGGAAAAGAAGUAUAGAAGGAAAAGUGAUUGCAUGAAAAAAUACGCUGUGAGACCAGUCAAUGAGGGUUCCCCCUGUGUGCUCUCAGUGCUGUUCUUCCACAUUCAACAUUGAUCAGACAUCUGUAAAUGGGGCCAAAUUUUGCUCAGCUUUAUCACCAAGAUAUUAUAUUUCAAACAAGAGAGAAUCAGAAAACAUACAAUUCUCCUAAAACAUCUACCAAGAGACUGUGGUGGCUACAGUACAGUGAGUUAUAAGAGGACCAAACUUUUUCAGGAUAAUGUUGCCUUUCUAUUUGAAACAAGUCUACUGAGCUACAUUCCAUGACCAUGUCUGUAGUUAGUGGUUUCACCAAGGAGUCUUUUUGUGGGUUGUAAAUUAUUUCUACUGAUAAGGGAGAGGAAAAAAAAGAAAAAAAAUAUUUAUACUUUACUAUCCUUGUGGGUGUGCAUUUUAAUAUUAUCUUGCUUUACUAGAAUUGUUAUUUUGGGGUUGAACUUGUGUGUCGUGUGAUUUAUUUGAUAGUUGACACUCCAAAAGCAGUGAAACCGACUGGUUUAUUUUUGUUGGAAGACAGUGCACUUACUUCAUUUUGUUUCUGCUGAUUUUACAUGCAACUUGAGGUGCCAAAUUGUAUUUUACCUAUUGUGCUACCCUGUACCACACUACUUAGUAAGAACUUGUUUCCUCAAAGGUGUAGCUCAGUUUAUCAUUGAGUUUCUAUAACUGCUCUCAUUGUAGCUGCAAUCGAUAGCUCUAUAGGUAAACACAACUCGUUUACAGACCUCUAAUUUAUAUCUUUACUCAAAGUGGCUAUCAUUUUAAAUAUCAUUAAUUAACCUAAGAAUUUUAAAACUGUACUGUGAUUUUCAGAACCUGUUACCUUUUGGUGCCAGAUCUGCAUUAUUCAAAUCCUUGCUACAUGUUUUAAAGUAGAAAAGGGGAAAAAAAAAGGGAAAAAAAAGAUGGUAUUUUUGCUUACACAGAUGACAACCUGUAACAUAAGAUGAAUCAAACAUUAAAAUUUUACACUUGCUGUAAAAGGGUUUAUUAAAAAAUGGCAUUUGUUCAAUUUCAAUAAAGCUAAAUGUGGUACUAACA